AGCAGGGCAAGCGGAUUGGCUGGGAGGGAGCGAAAUAGGAAUGUGAGAGAGAAAAGAAAAAAAAGUCUCUUUCUGAUGAAAAGGCUCCAACAGCAGCAGCGGCGGCAGCAUUUCUAUGGAUUCCUCCCCUAUUGUGUGUGACUGUGAGUGACUGUGAGUGAGUGAGAGCUCGGCCCCCAGAGAACAACAGAGAGGCUGGAAAUUAUCCCCAAACAGGAGCUAAGGGGGUCGGUCACCAUGACAAUCCCCCCUGGGGAAGCACAGAGAGCGGCUGCAAUGGGCACAUGUCGGUCGGAGGGACCUCAAUGCUGAUUCUUUCCAUGGGAACUUGCCCUUAGGACGUAGAUUUGUCUGCCAGAUACAAACGUCAGCAUGGAGAACCGGGGGUGCCGCUGCCCUGGAGAGGUACUUCAGUUCAUCGAGGGCAGAAAUGACCAUGACUGCCAACCAAAAUGCCCCCAUCGCUCAAAGAACAGGCUGGUGUAAAUUACCCAGGGACACUCUGGAACGGUCUCAGUCAGUGUCCCCCCCACCUGUGCUCUCUCCAAUCAGAAUCACUUCCUACCCUCUGAGCGACAGUGAAGAAUUCUGCCGAACGACCCACUUUCCCAGCAUCGCCAGUAAUAAGCUGGUCAUCAAGGACUGGACCCUGCGAGGAUCAAACAUCCGUGAUAGCCGUCUAACGCCUUCAGGGGCUGAUUCUUCCAAUGCCCUUCUAAAGUCGGUCAGCGUUGCUUGCCUGGAUAAUAGACUCUCUGUCUUUAAAGGGCCCAGCCAAAAGGAAAAUGUUGAGGACUCCAAGGAUGGGAUUGGGAACCUCCAGCUGAAUCGGAGCACGCUUUCCUUGGGAUCUGCUGCCAACCAGCGUAAUCGCUCCCUCAAUAGGACCCCAGUGCGCAGCCAAGCUCUCGACAUUCGGCGGAAAAUUUCAGAAUGGGAGUGCCGCAAGGAUUGCACCCCCAAACUAAUCUUGUUCGUGGACAGAGGAGACCAGGGCGACCUUUCCACAAGUGAAGGAUGUUCCAGCAUGUUGACUUCACCAUGCAGCGAAAAGACCUUUGACUUUAAAGGGUAUCGGAGAAUGAGCAAGACGUUUUCGGAGUGUUCCUACCCAGAAACUGAAGAGGAGGAGGCAGGUUUGGAACGGGACUCUCUUCACAGGUUCGAAAGGAGGUCAAGUCGGACCGAGCCGGCCAAUGCUUUUAUCAGGGGGUGCUUGAGGAAGGACUCUUCUGCUGUGCUCAACAGAAUCCAGAAGAUUGAGAAGGCCCUGAAGGAAAACCCUGGCUUGGGCCUCCCUCAGUUGCCCAGCAGUUGUUACAGUGUGGAAGCGGCCAGGAAAAAGUCCAUUACAUACGGUACUUUAGACAGUCCCAUUGACACGGGGGCCAGUGGCAAGGUUGGACCUGUACAUAAUGUAAAUAACAAGGAAAUAUCACUUGAUGAAAACUCCAAAACUGUGCCGAACAUUUGUCAAACCCCCAGCCCCGAGGUCAACCCCGUUCCCAAACCCAAACGGACCUUUGAGUAUGAAGCCGACAGAAACCACAGGGGCAAAUCCAGCAAUGGCCUGACUUGUUCUCCUGCUGCUGUUUCGCCACCUCCUCUCCCCUCAACCCCAGCGCCCCCGGUCACAAGGAGGGCGAAGAAAGACUCUCACCGGAAAAGCCAAAGCAGAAAAUCUCUCGAGUUCGAGGACGCGUUGAGUGCCCAGCCCUUGAGUCCGUCUUCCCCAGUAGAAAACGGUACGGAAAAGCAGCACCACUCGGGGCCCAAAAGCACUUUAGAAGAGAACACAUAUGAAGAUAUUGUAGGCGAAUCCCCUAAGGAGAACCCUUAUGAAGAUGUGGAUCUGAAAGGGAGGCACUUGAGUCGGAAGUCUCAGCCGUCCCCUGACAGUUCCAUAGAGACCACCAGCAGGAUGUGGCGGUUGCAGGAGCGGAAGUACACCUCCCCCACCCAGCUCCCCACCAAGGGCAGUAGCCAGUCCUUACGGAUCGGAAGCCAGUCUGAGCGAAAAAGUCGCCAUGUGCCGCGAUUGCCCAAGCGCCACAGCCACGAUGACAUGUUGUUACUGGCCCAGCUCGCUGUCCCUCCAUCUCCAUCCAGUCUGAAUGACGACAGUCUGAGUACCAGUAGCGGGCUGCUGUCCUCACGCAGGUCGAGGAGGAUCCCCAAGCUGGUGCAGAGGAUCAACUCCAUCUACAGUGCAAAGCGGGGCAAGAAGCGCCUCAAGAAACUGUCCAUGUCCAACCUGGAGACUGCGUCAUUGCGAGAUGAAAACAGCGAGAGCGAAAGCGACUCAGACGACAGGUUUAAAGCGCACACACAGCGCCUGGUUCACAUCCAGUCCAUGCUGAAGCGGGCGCCCAGUUACCGGACCCUGGAGCUGGAACUCAUUGAGUGGCAGGAGCGGGAGCUGUUUGAGUAUUUCGUGGUUGUGUCAAUGAAGAAGAAGCCCAUGAAAAACACGUAUAUCCCAGAAGUGACAUAUCAGUUCCCCAAGUUAGAGAGGCAGACGAAGCAGGUGCGAGAGGCGGAGGAACGUCUUAAAGCCAUCCCCCAGUUCUGCUUCCCUGACGCACGUGAUUGGAUGCCGGUGUCAGAAUAUAUCAGUGAGACCUUUUCCUUCAUGCUCACUGGAGAAGACGGCAGCCGGAGGUUCGGAUACUGCCGACGAUUGUUGCCCAGCGGGAAAGGACCACGGCUACCGGAAGUCUAUUGUGUCAUCAGCCGCCUCGGCUGCUUCGACCUCUUUUCCAAGAUCCUGGAUGAGGUGGAGAGAAGGCGCGGAAUUUCGGCGGCGCUCGUGUACCCGUUCAUGCGGAGUUUAAUGGAGUCCCCAUUCCCCGCACCCGGGAAGACCAUCUGUGUGAAAACGUUCCUGCCUGGCGCCGGAAAUGAGGUGAUCGAGCUGCGGCGACCGAUGGACUCGCGACUGGAACACGUGGACUUCGAUUGCCUCUUCAGGUGCCUCAGUGUCAGACAGAUUGUCCGCAUCUUCGCUUCGCUGCUCCUGGAGCGCAGAGUCAUUUUUGUCGCAGAGAAGCUAAGCACCUUGUCUAGCUGUUCACACGCCAUUGUGGCCUUACUGUACCCCUUUUCCUGGCAACAUACUUUCAUACCUGUGCUGCCCUCCUCUAUGAUUGACAUUGUCUGCUGCCCAACCCCUUUCCUGGUCGGCCUGCUGUCCAGCUCUCUGCCUAAACUGAAGGAACUGCCUGUGGAAGAGGCCUUGAUGGUGGACUUGGGCUCAGACCGUUUCCUACGGCAGAUGGACGAUGAAGACUCCCUGUUACCUCGGAAGCUACAAGCAGCCCUGGAACAAGCCCUAGAGCGGAAAAACGACCUGAUCAAUCAAGAUUCUGACAGCGACUCUGAUGAAGAAUACAACUCCCUCAAUGCCCUCGUCUCAGAGGUCUUCAUCCGCUUCUUCGUGGAGACUAUUGGCCACUACUCCCUGUUCCUGGUUCAAAACGAGAGGGGGGAGCGAGUGUUUCAGAGAGAAACUUUCCGAAAGUCUGUGGCCUCCAAGAGCAUCCGACGCUUCCUAGAGGUCUUCAUGGAGUCUCAGAUGUUCACCGGCUUCAUCCAGGAUAGGGAACUGCGAAAGUGCCGGGCAAAAGGUCUCUUUGAGCAGAGGGUGGAGCAGUACUUGGAGGAGCUGCCUGACACGGAACAGAGUGGAGUCAAUAAGUUUUGGAGAGGACUUGGCAACAAAAUGAAGUUUCUUCACAAGAAAAACUGAGAAGUGCGCCCCCUCCUGGUAGUUAUUAUUAUUGACUCUCUAUAGUACUAUUUACAGAGCUGGGGGUCCCCCAACAAGCCACGUGCGGCCCCCGGGCCCCCCCCAAAUUACAACCACUGUAAAAGCUGCUCCAAAAAGCAAAUCUUUGUGGCCCCACCGGAUUCUUAUAUAUAUUGUAAAUAAUGCGCCAUAGGCUUUUUCUAUGGAAUUUAAAAGAAAGUGCGCUGCUGCCCGGGGACUGACACUGCAGUAUGGCAGCUCCUACAGAACCACUGUGUCGGGAUGAGAGUGGGCGUGGAAGAGGAGUGCGGCGGAAUCCAUGGAUGAGAUGCGUGUUCUUAAACCUGUAUUGGCUCCUCCUCCAGCUACACUCCAGCUGAAGAAUGCUGAUAAUUUGCUUUGUUGUUAUGGUCAGUAAACUGUAUUGUGCCCCUUCUGCACUAUGACUUUGCCAAAUGCCCCAGAGACGAUGCUUGUGCAGUUCCCCCCUGCUGCAUUUAAGGUACAGCCCUUCAUAGUAUGAGUGUGUCCAAUAAACCGUGUACAGAAA